UCACAUCCACCACCGCAUGUCAACAACGAUGGCGGAUCCUGCUGAUGUGGUCAUGGCUGGCACUCCACGAUUGGAAACUACGAUGGCAGACACGGUGUCCACGGGCGUGGCGGGUGGUGCGGUUGCGUCCACCGCAGCAGCAAGUACGGCACUCGAGCACUCCGGCGCAGCGCGAGACCUCGACUCUGGAGGCGCACUGGCCGAAGGCGCGAUCAACAUGGCCAUCACACCUUUCCUGGAACGACCGCCGGAGAUACGCAACCUCAUCUACAAGGCCAUGUUCGAGAAUGAUGCACCUGUCACACUGAAAGCGUACAGUCAUCGAAAGAUGUCGAAGUGGGAUGCAAUUCGCGCCAUUCCGAACCGCAACAUUCUGUUCACCUGCAAGACGAUCUGUCAAGAGGCAAUCGGUAUCAUGUACUCUUGCAACACUUGGCUGAUCACUUUCGGAAAUGUCGAUGACUGGAUGAACUACCCGAUAGUCACAAGGGUUGGCGACUGGUUGCUUGCUCUAGGCAAAAGGAUGGCAUCUCUCCGCGACAUUCAAAUCGACAUCAUGAGCGACUUCAAUUGCCGACGAUUUCCUUUGCAUAUAGAUGUCACUGCCCUGGUGAAGAGGAUUGCGAGACUCUCCAAAGCAGCGGAACUCGGAUCAGGGCAGCAGUGGAGCAAACCCAGCUUUGUAGUGCCACAGAUCAGCUUUAUACCCGGAGACUACUGUUCUACAGAGAUGGAACAAUCAUCCGAAUCCGACUACCAAGCCGCCAGUCAGACGCUCAGAUUAUUGCUCGAGGCAGCAAGUUCUAACAAGUCGAGUCUUCCCUCUGAUUUGUGCAGUCUGCUACGCUGUUGGAGAACAGUCGACUCUGUACAUCUCUCAAACAAUGGUAGCAGAGUCGACCUGGUCCUUCCAACGCGUUUCGGUGAAGAGAGGAGUGAGAUGAGCGAUGUGAUCAAACUGAAGUACCAGAAGAAUACUACCGGACAGUGGUGCAAACUCACAGAGCCAGCUCGAGAAGUAAAUAUCGACGACUUACUGCACUCCUACACUGUUGCAGCCAGGAUCCUCGACUAUGUCUUGCAACCGGAGAACAUCCUUGUGUACGACCUUGACGAGCACGCAGCCCUACCCGGCUCGGACUUGUUGCAGACAAACCAGCGCUUUCGCAAUGCCGUGUUCAGCUACUACGAAUACACCACUCUCGAUAUCUGGGUAACUGUAAGCCCUCCAGAACGCGGCAAACAGCAAUUUGCAAGACUUUUGGACUUUCUCAAUGUGCAUUUUCAUCGCCAAGACUGUAUUAUUGAGUUUUGUCUCGAUAUCAGACUAUUGAAAGGGCAAAGCCUAGCAGACACUCGUAUAGAAGCCAUCGAGUUCCUCGAAGCUACAGCCUUAGUCUGCACAACAAAUGUAGCUCUAUACAAUUCACCGUAUUUCGGACAUUGCAUCACGAGCAAAAGUCUAGAGUGCGUGCGCCACCGGCUACUCGAAUUUUUGAUUUGCUUACUAGAUAUUGGCCCGGAAUACGCCCUCUUCCCCUGGCCUACCAUCUACAUGAACCAUCAGUGCGACAUGGUCGAAGCACAUCUAUCACUUCACCGCGACCUUUCCAUUACCAUUCACAAUGAUAAAAUAUCCGGCGAAGAGGUAUCAGACAGUGUGAUCGCCGAGUGUGUGCGCAGGCUUAAAUCGAGGGAGGAUGAACUGAACAGCGUUACAAAUGAGACCACCUUGCUUGGUUGCGCCCUCAAGGUCGCUCAAACGUCGUAUCUAUGGACAUUCGACUAGGUGUGAUUUGGUGGCAGUGAUCGGAUCGAAGCAGUGAGGAUCUUGAGCUGGAUGAGGGAAGCAGCACACACGGCGGCUAAAGAUGCCUCGGUGGACUUUUUCCACUUUUUUGCAUCUAGAUAUGGUUUUUUGACACGCGAGCAGCUUUUCCUUCCGGAGGCUGGACAUGGGUCUGUCUUGUCACCUGUAGACAAUCUACGUUCCGCCUGCACUUCUCCCAAUAGCACAGCAUUUUGGAAGUGCAGGGACGCAUCAUGUGGGUAGUCGAAUGGAG